AGCUGCCUGCGUACUCGAUGGUAGGGCCCCUGCCCGCGCGGCCCCCGGCGGCCGCCAUGUUGGAGGCUCCGGGAGGGAACCAUGGCUGUGGUCGGCAGGUGCGUGGUCAGAGCUGCGCCAGCUCCGCCGGGCAGAUGCUGGAGGUACGGCCGGGCCUGUACCUGGGUGGAGCCGCGGCCGUGGCGGAGCCGGACCACCUGAGGCAGGCGGGCAUCACGGCCGUGCUGACGGUGGAUUCGGAGGAGCCCGACUUCAGGUCGGGGGCUGGGAUGGAGGGUCUACGGAGCCUCUUCGUGUGGGCGCUGGACAAGCCCGAGACUGACCUACUGAGCCAUCUGGACCGGUGCGUGGCCUUCAUCAGCCAGGCCCGCGCCGAGGGCCGCGCCGUGUUGGUGCACUGUCAUGCAGGAAUUAGUCGUAGUGUGGCUGUGAUUACUGCUUUUAUGAUGAAGACUGACCAGUUUACCUUUGAAAAAGCCUAUGAAAAUCUCCAGACCAUCAAACCAGAGGCUAAGAUGAAUGAGGGAUUUGAGUGGCAACUGAAAUUAUACCAGGCAAUGGGAUAUGAAGUAGAUACUUCUAGUGCAAUUUAUAAGCAAUAUCGUUUACAAAAGGUUACGGAAAAGUAUCCAGAAUUACAGAACUUACCUCAAGAACUCUUUGCUGUUGACCCAACCACCAUUUCACAAGGAUUGAAAGACGGCAUUCUCUACAAAUGUAGAAAGUGCAGGCGAUCUUUAUUUCGAAGUUCUAGCAUUUUGGAUCAUAAUGAAGGAAGUGGUCCCAUAGCCUUUGCCCACAAGAGAGUGACGCCAUCUUUCACGCUCACCGCUGGGAGUCAGGCUCAGUGUACAUCAUAUUUCAUUGAGCCUGUACAGUGGAUGGAAUCUUCUUUGUUGGGUGUGAUGGAUGGCCAGCUUCUUUGCCCCAAAUGCAAUGCCAAGUUGGGUUCUUUCAAUUGGUACGGUGAACAGUGCUCAUGUGGUCGAUGGAUAACACCUGCUUUUCAAAUACAUAAGAAUAGAGUGGAUGAAAUGAAGAUGCUGCCAGUUUGGGGAUCACAAACAAGAAAAACAUGAACUUGUGACAUUUUUCAUAGCUUGGAAAGAAAUUUGCUGAUACCUGCUUCCCUUGCUUACUGUCAUUCGUGGCAGAUUGUUUAGUUUAUAGGCCAUCAGCAUUUCAUUUGAUGUGACAUGGAAACUGUGCUCUGUUAUUUGUUAGACUCCUACACUAUUUAAGCAGAAUACUUUAUUUGCAAAUCAAAACUUUUAAUCAUGUAAAUUGUACUUUAUUUGAUAUUAAAAUUUUCUAUAACGCA